AUAUUGAAUAAGUAGGCUAUAAUAAGAAUAAGACGAAAAAUGAGAUUAGUGGUUUUUGCAGCUGUGAUUCUAUCUUUGUUGUAUAUUUCCAACGCGAAUUCAGAUUAUGCCAAAAAUUUAGCGGGUUUAUUGGCUCAUCUUGCCCGGAAAGAAGAUCUUUAUCACGGACCAAUCCAUGUUGAAGACUAUUCAAAAGUACAUUUGCCCACUGGUGUUUACGACGAAAAGGCUCAGCGCGUGGGAGAAUCAAAUCCACUAGUUGAUACAACUUCUGGCGAAGUUGAAGGUAUAUCUACAGCAUUGGCUCAUUCGUUUUACCAGAUACCGUAUGCUGAACCACCUGUCGGAGAAUUGAGAUUUCAACCUCCGAUCCCCUUGCAAACUCCAAGAAAGAUUGAUGCCACGAAUGGAAACGGCCGGAGGUGCCACCAAUUUGAGGGACCGAAUUGUAUUAUAACACCUAUCGGAUGCGGUCGGAAUAUGGAUGAAGAUUGCCUUCUGUUGAAUGUCUAUGUUCCAAUCCACGUUAACUUGUCCGAUCCUUCUGAACGUCCACAUGACACACUGCCUGUUUUAUUUUACAUCCACGGUGGUUCGUUCAAUAGUGGUUCAGGAACAGGCACGGAUGGUCGAGAACUUGCAAAUGUUACAAAUACUGUUGUAGUAACGAUAAAUUAUCGUCUUGGUCCUUUAGGUUUUCUGGUGCACAAAGAAGUCGGGAAACUGGACAUUGAAGGAAAUCAAGGGCUGAAAGAUCAACAGCUAGCGUUGAAGUGGGUUCAGGACAAUAUUCCAAAUUUUGGAGGCAAUAAAUAUGAGGUAACAAUAUUUGGAGGAAGCGCUGGUGCUCAGUCUGUGAUGUUUCAUACACUUUCAAAAGUCAGCGAACCGUUGUACGUAAGAGCAAUUCAACAAAGCAACCCAGCGUAUAUUUCAUUUCAAACUCCCGAAGAAUCCCUUCAAAUCACUGAAUAUGUCACCGACCGAUUGUGCAAUGUGUCUAUUGAGACUGAAAGAGAAUGUUUAAUGAAUGCAGAUCCGUUGGAUCUUGUGAACAGGGAAGUUCCAGUGGUGAUCCGAAGUUUGAUUGCCGGUGAUAUAAUGGGAAUGAGCGAACCGUAUCGACCAGUCAUUGAUGGAGUUGAAUUCACUGAUCAACCAAUGUCUUUAUAUCGGGAUGGUAAAUGGAAUUCGUACAAAAGCAUGAUUAUGGGCGUAAAUACGCAGGAAUUAGACGACAUACCGUACUUUGUUCCUGAUCCCGUUCCUACUGGAAAAGCACUAUUCACGAUUGUUAACUAUUACAUUCUUGGACCCGGAGAUACUGACGCUGUUGUCAAGAAAUACGAAGAAGCCUUUCCACCCGAAGGAGAUGAUUAUGCACCUACAUUUGGCAAGGAAAUGAGCCAUUUAUAUUUUAUCUGUCCAAGCCGUGCAAUGGCAAGAUUUGCAGCGUUCACAGCGAAAGGUGAUUCAAAAGUUUAUUUUUAUGCCAAUGAACAUCCAAUACUAGAUGGAAAUUGCAAAGCAAAAAAUAACGGAAGCGAGGAGGGAUGCUACUUAGCUUCGCAUGGAGAUGAAAUGCGUUUUGUUUUCAGAUCAACAGGAAACCCUACAGACGAUGAUCAAUCUGUUGAAAACCAAUUUAGUACUUACUGGGGUAGCUUUGCUCGUACUGGAGAGCCUUCUAAUGGGUUAGAAAACUCUCUUGGAGAUUUUCCUGACUGGCCACAGUAUUCGUCACCAUCAAUGGCAAAGUGGAAGUAUACUCGAAACAAUUUUCAGGCGAUGAUUCAUGCUUUUGAUAAAGUAACAACAAACCAUGACUGGGAAAGUCUGCGAAUCAAAGCUCCGGAGGGUAAAAUUGAGACAGGAUACGAACAGGAUAUAUGUGACUUCUGGGACAGUAUAGGAUUCUAUAUGGAUCCAAUACCGUUACCGACAACAACAGCUACCGUAGUUACUGAAGAUGACGCAGGCCGAACGGAUCCACCGAUUUUCACAACGAGUAAUGCAAGAUCAGACUCUCAACAUUCAUUUAUUUUUAUUUUUUCCUGCCUGCUUCCAAUUUUAUGGUUGAACUUGUAUGUCCAGGAAGAGUAACCUAUUAUAUUGAUAACUGAUAAUAAUACGUCAUUUGUCUUAAAUAUAAUAUUUAAUUACCUCAUGAAUUAAUUAUCUUUUCCUGUACUUAAUUUCAGCUAUCUGAGAAUCACUCUACAAUACAUGAACUAACCUCUAUCGACUUUAAUAAAAUACACGCAGCUGAGAAUUCGGA